CCCUAACCAAGAAAAAGUGUCAAGAUGAAGAGGCCAAAGAAUUACAAUACCAAACAAGAGCAAAAGAAUGCGAAGUUGAUGAGCAAUUCUAUGUUCCGGUUGGCAAUAUUGAACUACCUCCAGCAGACAGAAUGAUCAGGAAAGUGGAUGAAAUAUUUUUGGCCCAAUUAAAGGCAAAUAUGGAAAGUAACCCCAAUGGCUCAUAUGAACCUCUUUACUUGUUGGUAAAAGGUCUGAACAGAAAGGAGAACUUUUCAAAAUCAGAUGUCAGCAGCUAUCAGUAUGAGGUACUUGGUGGUACGCAUAACUUGUUGGCAACAAAGCAACUUUUAGAGAAGCACCCUGAUAGUGAAGAGUAUAAGGGAAGAUAUGCAAGAAUAUUUGUUGGGUUAACAAAUUUUUAAGCUUUAUGGCUGGCGUCAAGGCAUAAUAAGACUGGGUGUUUCCGUCAUUAAAUGACAUUCAAAGAUGAGGUGGAAGUUGCUCACAGGCAGUUGGAGAUCAUUGGUACAAAAAAUGAGAACAAUGAUUUAGUUCCUAGUCAGCAAUGGAGAGACAGAUGUUCCCACAUAUUAGGAAAGACAAAGAAAAAUCUUUCUGAUGUAUUUCUUGUUGCUGCUCUCCCAGAAGAUGGUUAUCAGUCAUUCCUUGAGAUGUGCCGAAAAUAUGAAAAAGGUCUUCUGAAAGACCAGCGAGCAAUGGCAAAGGACCUACAAGAAAGCCGAGGUUCAAGCCAUCAUACAUCAAAUGCUUAUUUGGCCUCGACGUUUCAGAUCGUGUUGCUCUGUUGGGUCAGGUUGCUGACCAAAGUAACAGUCUGGAUGAACUGA